AUGGCUCCUGCGCCUAACCCCAGUCUGCCGCUGCAGGAGCGGCUGCUCACUCUGGCCAAGACCCUACACCACCUCACCCUCAUCCUCACCACGAUUCGCUACUCCUUCUCGUGGAUCCGCAUGAACUACUACGGUGGCAUGGCCCAGUUCUGCUACCGCACAUCCUUCAUCGCCGCCACCUUCACCUAUGGCAUCGUCGUCUACAAGACGCAGCGCGCCCGUGCCAAGUCGGGCUCCAGGGCUGCUCCCAGUGCUCUCGGCCUCCUCGCAGACGAGAAUGUCCAGUACCUCCUCCUCUCCCUCGUCUGGCUCUUCUCCCCCCAGUACCCCCUCGCCCUCCUCCCGUACAGCGUCUACUCCAUCUUCCAUGUGGCCACCUACACGCGCACCAACCUGAUCCCCGCCGUCUACCCUCCGACGCCGGCCGCUGACGGCUCCUCGCCCAAGGGUAGGGCGACGCACCCUCUCGCCGACAGGAUUGGCGCCUUCGUCAAGGAGUACUACGACGCCAGCAUGUCCAUCGUGUCUGCCCUCGAGAUCCUCCUGUGGGGCCGCAUCCUGCUCUCGGCCCUCCUAUUCCAGCGCCGGUCGUGGAUCCUCAUGGUCCUCUACACCAUCUUCCUGCGCGCCCGCCACUCGCAGAGCUCCCACGUCCAGGGUUCCGUCUCGCAACUCAGCGCCCGCGUCGACGCCCUCGUUGGAGCUCAGGGCACCCCGCCCGCGGCCCGCCAGGUUUGGGACGGCGUCAAGAGCGGCGCCAGGCAGUUCCAUGACAUCACCGACAUCACCAAGUACACGGGCGGCGGUGCAGCCAAGAAGAGCUCUUAA